AUGAACUGUUUGGAGCUAUUUUUAUUGGAAAAUUGUUUCACUGGAGCUGAAAUCAAGCGACUCCUCCAGCAUUGGGCUAUCGGAGGGUUCAAACGACUCAAAUACUUUCAAUUGGAUGUUGAAGACUUUAAUAUGGAAGACGUACUUGGAGAGUUGACUCACACUCGGAUGACGGAGAAGAGAGAGUAUAAAUGUAACAUUGGACGUUCGGUCUCUUUCAGUGAUCGUCUCAUCACCCGGAAUGAUGGUGUCGUCGCUUCUUUUCAAUAUGUCCAACAAUACAGAAGAGUUGAAUUUGGUGUCUGGCCGGAUUCGGAGGGAAAUGAAUACUAA